AUAUUUUCCACUUUCCACUUUCCAGAGUCUUUUCUUCGUUGUUUUCCAUUAGAAAACCACUUUUUCCUUCUUUCAUUUUGAAUGAGGGAAGUUGAGCGAGUGAGGACUGAUGAGUGUAUAUUUACUUCUACUACUUCUUAACUUCCCAUCGAAUCUCACUGUAUCUUAUUAUUGAUAUGAUAAUGAUAGCAAUUCCCAUAAACUAAUUGAGCGUCAAAUCACAUUCACAGGGUUCGUAGUAUGAGUAUCUGUAGCAAUAGGUAGAAUUCCAUUCCCGUGGAGUUCAUUACCUUUUUGCUGAAUUCUUAUAUAUAAAAAGAAAUUUGGUUGCAGUAAUGGUAGGAGUAAAUAAGAAAAUCUCUGCAGCAUCAGCUAGAGCUCACACAAGAAAAAGGAACCAGAGCAAUGGACUCAAGCUUUCAUUCGGUAUGUGUAAGACAAUAUCACUAGUCGUGUUGAUGGUGUUUGUUGCAUUUGCUUAUCAAGCAAUUCAACCUCCACAUCCAAAGAUUUGUGGAUCUUCAGAUGGUCCGCCCAUUACGGCACCAAGAAUCAAACUCAAUGAUGGAAGGCAUUUAGCCUACAAAGAACAUGGAGUUCCAAAAAAUGAUGCCAAGUAUAAGAUUGUUUACAUUCAUGGAUUUGAUUCCUACAGACUUAAUCCGAUGCCCUUAUCUCAGGAAUUGGCUGAAGACUUAAGGAUAUAUAUGGUGUCAUUUGAUAGACCUGGUUAUGGAGAAAGUGAUCCGAAUCCAAAACGUACAGAUAAGAGUACUGCUUUUGAUGUGGAAGAGCUCGCUGACCAGUUGGGUCUAGGAUCCAAAUUCUAUGUGAUUGGAUUUUCUAUUGGAGGUCACGCGACUUGGGGCUGCCUCAAAUACAUCCCUCACCGGUUAGCAGGAGCAGCGCUACUCACUCCAGUAGUUAACUUCUGGUGGCCUGGUUUUCCUGCCAAAUUAGCUAAAGAAAUCUUUGCAUUGGCCUCUGUACGAGACCAAUGGACUGCUCGAGUGACUUACUACACCCCGUUCCUCACCUACUGGUGGAACACACAGAAAUGGUUUCCUUCUUCAAGUGUCGUAUCCGGCGUCGUUGACAUUUUCUCUAAACAGGAUUUAGAGCUUAUUCCCAGGCUUUUCAGCGGAGAUAGGACGCAAAUAAGGCAGCACGGUGAAUACGUGUCAAUUUUCAGUGACAUGAAUGUUGCUUUCGGAGGUUUUACGUUUGAUCCUAUGGAUCUUGAGAAUCCCUUCAAUAACGAUGAAGGUACAGUUCACCUAUGGCAGGGAGAUGAAGAUAAACUUGUAAAAGUUCCUCUGCAGCGCUAUAUUGCAGAAAAGCUCCCUUGGAUUCAGUACCACGAAUUAGCAGGUGCAGGACACUUGUUUCCCUACGCUGAUGGUAUGAGUGAUGCCAUCGUAAAGUCACUCGUACUGGGAGAUAAGAAAUAGGGCUAGAUGCAGCGAUGCACUCUUCUACUUAUUUUUACUUGGUGAAACUGUAGGGGACCUAGGGAUCAAUUUUCUGAACUACGCCCCCAUUUCUAUUCGCCUUAUUAAUGUUGAUGUUAGUCAUGUCAUUUUCUAUAAGGCUAAGCACUAUUGUGUACAAUUUUUCUUGGCUAUAGUUUUAUUAUAGCCAAGCCAGGAGCAAGAGAAAAUCCAUCCACUUUGGUAGUUCAUUUUCUCUUGGCUUAAGUGAUGAAAUAAUAUAUCUCUUGGCUUAAGUGA